AGCAUGGAAGAAGUUCCCGUUAUUGUCUUUGAAGAGCCUGUAUUUGGACGCAGUUUUCCUGCCAACCCCAACAAACGUAAAAUCUCCAAAAAGUCAGAGCCAGAAAAGGAGCCCAGCAUAAAACGGUUAAAGUUCGAAUUUGAGAAAUUCGCAGCGCAGAAUACAAAGGAGAAGAAGAAGUACCGGUACAGUAAAAUAGUUGAGUUAGGAGGAUGGGCGGAGAAGGAGAAGACUAUGCCGUUACCUCUAAAAAGGAAGAUAGAAGAAGCGAAGAAGAAGAGACAGUUGAAAGAUAUUGAGCUGGGUAAGCUGGACGCCAAAAGUAUGAGUAAAAUAAAGGACAUGGCAAGUGUAGAGUUAGAUCACACCCUCGCCUGCUACCCCCUAGAUACAAUGGACUACAUUGCUCCUUUAUACCACGAACCGAAAGUAGAAAGUGAAAGAGAAACUGCCGAUAAGGAACCAGAUUAUGAGCCAGUUUAUGGAGUUCUCAUGUCGAGGCCAGAGAUAAUGGUUGAGAACAGUUUGAAUAAACAGAACAAGCAACAGUCCUUGUUUGAUCUUUUCAACGAGUAUUCCCCCAACGAGAAGAAAAGAAAAACAGAAAGUGAAAGCGAAACUCACGUGAUCCCCAUCAUGACAGUUGAUCGUUUUGAAGAAGAACAAGCUAACCUAACCUACACACCCCCAGUAAAAGUCCAGAAAUACGCCCCACUAGCACCACCCUCUCCUCCCUCUCCUCCACGUGACGGUUACCAUGGUAACCCACGUGACAUGCCCAUGUUACUGUCUGAACCAGUGGAACAAGUCCACAUUCCCUGCUCCUCUCCAAUCACUAAACCAGUUACAGUGAGUUGUAACGAGGAAGAAGGGGUGCUCCACCCUAACCUGCUGUGUAGAGGAUCACGUGGUAAAUGUAUUUACUACCAGGGGCAGUGGCUGACUCCCAACCAGUUCGAGUACCACACGGGCAGAGAGCGGAGCAAGUAUUGGAAACGUAGUUUGUAUGUGGAUGGGAAGAGUCUGGUACAUAUCAUGAGGGAGGGUAAGUUGACGGAACAUGAUAGGAGUUGCACUUGUGGACCCAUGGAGAGGCGGAAUGAACCUAAAUUCUUUACUGGGAUACCCAUGAAGACGAGCUCCACUGUAUUACCCGACUCCACGGAGGAUAUAAAGAUGUUCGAGUCCCCGGAACGGGAUUCGGAGGAUUUUGAGAGGAGUCUGAAGAGGACAAUGGAGUGUAUUGCCCAGGUCUGCGACACCACUGUACCAGAUCCCUCCAUCACUCCACUGAAACCCUCCUCAAAUCUCGACUCCGCCCCUCUCAAACCCCUCACAGCCCCCUCCCCUCUCAAGCCCUCCAAACCACCACCGUACCCGGACCCAGCCCAACCCCCCACCUCUCCAAGACACCAGAUUCUGGAGAACAUUGGUCGGGAGGAGACUGUAGGGCCAAUCAACUGUAAGAAGUUCAGUACGCCGCCUCAUCACCCUUAUCAGCGCCCCAAGAGGAGUAAACCUGAUCGUACCGCGGAGUUAGAGGAGAAUUGGCUAGAAGCCAGGGAGAUUUGGGAGAGAAAACAGAAAGGUAAUCAGUAUCCUGUUGAGCAGGAACUGGGGCCGAAACCACCUCAAUACCUAUCAGACGCAGAGAAGAACCAUCAUCAGUAUUUACCAGAAUCAGACAGAAGACUUCCUCACAUUAAUUUACCAGAACCAGACAGAAAAGUUCCCAAUUAUCAAGUUCCAGAGUCAGAUCCCAGGAACCUGAUAUUCCCCGGACCCCAGCAACAGACAGCGUGCGAUAAGAAAACUAAUGCUAACCCUGAACACUUUAUUUUCCCUGAGUGUAACCAGGAUCUACAGAAAGAGUUCUUCAUGUUCUACAUGCAGAAGUGUCUUCAGCAGAACAUCAUGGACCCUCCCCCUUAUAGCGCUCACGGGGGACCCUCAGCUAGCAUGAUGACGUCACGUGGUGGUAUGAUGACGUCACAGGCAAGUCCUCUUAACCAGUCAGAGAAAAGAUUCGUUGACAGCACCACCUCUCCCAUUCACCCCCAGUAUUUGGAAAACAAAGAGAACUUCAGCCCUUCCCCUCAGACAAGAUUCCAGCCAGAUCAGAGUUGUCAAUAUAGUUCACCUCCAGUACCUAACCAAGGUAUGGAUGUAAAACCCCAGAGAUUACACUUCAACUUCCCUAGCCCAGGUCCCGUGGGCACUAGUCACGUGGGCCCAGCGCCUGACCAGACCGGACUACCGCCCCCACAGACUCCCAACCCCGCCACACCCAUCAUGGGGCCCUCCCUCGACCAGUCAGCUGCUGUUCUGGGACCUAGCCCUGGGUAUUACAACAGAACAGAUAGCGGCACUUCUGCGGGGUAUCCCAGAACAAACUUACCAGAAAGUGCUAGAUUACCGCAUCCGGAACAUUCUAGAAUACCACAACAUUCCAAACUUUCAGUUCCUCUGUCAGAAAGUUCUAGACUGCCUGGUUCAGACCACGUGAUAGAACGAGGAGAAUCCCUGUCAUCAAUUCGACCAACUCUCCAACACGAACACCAUGCCAAGGCUCAAGAAGUCCAGGAUCAGAGAUCACCUCACAGUCCCACACCCAGAGUUCCCACUCAGUUCAGAGACAGUUCCGAGAAGAACUAUCAAGACACUUGCCCACGUGACCAGGGCCCACGUGACCAGGGCCCACGUGAUCAGGGCUCACGUGAUCAUACACCUGAUGGCCCACGUGACCUGGACCGAGCCGCGCGACCAGCAGAACUACACAAGGCGCCUCACCCGGCCCACAGACCACAUCACUUAGGAGGGAGACCUCCUAACCUACCCUCCCAUCUGUUCCCUAACGAUACGAGACCUCUCCAAUUCCACACCCCACCCCCUACCAGAGGGUUCCAGCCCCCACUACCUUCAGGGCCCAGAUCAGCUAACCUACCUCUACACAACGUUAGAGGAGACUUUCUUCAAACCAUGAGACCCAAACAAGAGCCCAUGCCUCAACUUGAUAUGGGGUAUUUUGACGCCGCGCGGGGUCUUGGAGAGAGAGGGCUGUCCCGAAAUACCGUCAACAUGCCCCUGGACAAAGAGAGAGGAGAGGUGUACCUUGGUAACCCUGGUAACAAAGCAGUACCAGACAACUUAGCUGCAGGGUAUUUACCUUACCCUGAUACGAUGAGUAAACCUUAUAUCCCCGGAGGGGAAUUCUUUACGAAUAGCUCUGCUAAAGAGCGAUUUAACUUCAGUUUCAAAGAAACUAUUGGCAAGAUGUUGUCGAAGAAGAAAAAUACAGCAGCUUCAGACGUUAAUCCGGCGGGGAAAAGGACCAAGUUUUCCAACGAACAGAUCAGAGUUCUGGAGCACUAUUAUCAGAACGUUAAUAAAUAUGUAACCGGGACAAACAAAGGAACUUUGUGUCAGGUUACUGGACUGGAGCUCAGUACUGUGUUGAUGUGGUUUCAGAACAAGCGUGCCAGGGAGAAGAAGCAGAAGACUAAUGUGUAAAGACUUUAAAUUCUUCAGAUACUUUAACAUUUUUUAUUUAUGUGAAUGCUUGGUGAGUUCUUAGUUGAUUUAGAUUUUCUUGAGUCAGAUUUAUUUUAUCGUUACUGUUUUUAUAUUACUCUGCAGGUUGCUUUAAUAGAUUUGAUUUAAUUUUAAACCGAACUAAUUUAUUUUUAUAACUUGUUACUUAAGUGCAUGAAAACAUUUUUAGGACACAUAAUUUUAUAAUAUUUACAAAUGUAAUAUGCGUUUACGUAAAACUUCUCAAAUGGUCUGGAUUGCGACAAAUAGUUAUGUUUAUGUCAAGGUACUGUAUUCUGCCGACUGUCGAGUAAAUGUGUCGCAACAUGUGUAGGGAUUAUUUCUAUUUGUUUAAUUUUACUGACAAUCCUUGAAUUUCUUGAACCAAUAAAUGAUUAAAAAUUGAUAUUUUAUCAAAUAAUAGAAGUUACUUUUUAUACCAAGCCAGUUUUAAAGCUUUAUUCAGAUUUCUGUCGAUCGAAAUAAUUAAAACUGCUUCGAAGGGAACUUAAUCUACCAAAUUAUAAGAUUAUCUAAUUACAUUUUAAUUUGCGAAAUGGUUUGAUUAAAAAAGGUGAAUAACAGAUUAAAAUAUAUUUACAGUUGUGGGAGAUGAAUUCAUGUAAAUAGUAAAUUUAUUUCAUUGCAAAGCUUUA